ACCAUUUCAAUGAAAACCUCACUAUUACCUUUGAGAAGGAUGGGAUAGUAGUGUGCUUGUAGAAGUACUGGAAACAAAGAUCGCAGAAGAAAAUGCCCCCUGAAGUACCCUCUUGCCGUCCCCUUCUAUGUCCUCUUGUUAAUUCUUCAUCUCUACCUUCCCCUAUAAAACACAAAUAUCGCCGAGGAACUAGGAGUAAGAUGAUGAAUCCUGGAAAGAAUAUUAUCCCUCUUCUUAUUUUCAUCUUAACAACCCUCUCCAUCCUCAGACUUCUUAAACUUGCCAUCUUUUCAGCUCCUUCACCACCUUUCUCUUCUUCGCUGCCACCUCAACAAUCUCCUUCACCGCCUUUCUCUUCUUCGCCCUCACCACAACAAAAUACAUGCUCCUCUCCAGCAUGCAGUAAUACUCCAUCACACCCACUAGAAACCUCAAUAAGUCCACCUAAAACUUCUUCUGUUAAUGCAACCACCCUCACAAAAAAGGAAUUCAAACUUCUAUCAGAUCUCAUUAAGCGUAAAGCACCUUGCAACCUACUUAUUUUUGGGCUGGAACCCCAGUACAUAAAGCUCUCAAAAAUGAAUGCAGGAGGGAUCACCAUUUUUCUAGAGGAUGACUCAAAGAAGAUAAGUGCAAUCAAAAGUAAGUCCAAGAGAACUGAAAUCUAUAAGGUUGAAUACUCGAUACCUGCAAAAGAUGCUUACAAGCUGCUUAAGCAUGCAAGACAGAACCCAGAUUGUGCACCCGGAUCAGGACCCCUUCAAGCGUCAAAAUGUAAGCUGGCAUUGAAAAAUUUACCACAAGAAGUUUAUAAACAUAAAUGGGAUGUGGUGGUGGUGGAUGGACCGAGCGGAGACGCACCAGAGGCACCAGGCAGAAUGUCAACAAUCUACAUGUCUAGUAUCAUUGCUAGAGCUGGGAAUGCGACAGAUGUUUUAGUGCAUGACAUAGAUCGAACGAUUGAAAAAUGGUUCUCUUGGGAGUUUCUGUGUGAUGAUAACUUGGUGUCUUCUAAAGGGAAAUUGUGGAAUUUUAGGAUCGCAGAUCAGUCAAAGUCUACAAGGUUUUGUUCCGCCAAAAAAAUGGUGAUAGAAUAACGGCUUUCUUUCCGGGAUGAUCGCAUGCGCACCAGAAAACCAGUUCAUCCAUUGAUGAAAAAUCUUUACCAUAAACAUUAGUCAUUCAGUAUUGGUACAAGACAAGAGCACCAGUUGAAAAGAUAGUAACCAUAUCAUAAACAUACGAGUGUGUAAAUAAUGGAAUGAGAUUCUGUCUUAAAUCCUUCUUAUUCUUAGAAGUUUUAAUUAUUUUUACAGCGGUCAAGUGUCGAGUUGAGUUAAAAUACCUAUUGUUUAUGUUUGUUACUAGAAUGUAAUAGAUAAUAUUGAGAAUGCCAUAGUGCUAUUCCUAAAUCUCUCUUUUUACC